GAUGACAUAAUUAAGCACGUCCUAUAUAUCGACAGUCUACACACUACUGGCUGAAAUGUUUGUAUUGAAAUGUAAACCCUGUUCGCGGUGCUUCUUCUCCGAACGGUAUUGUUACUAAUGUUAAAACAGAGCCGACAUAACGAGAAAUGAAAUAACAAACUUUGACCAGGAAGCCAUGGAACUAAUCAUGGUUAUUUACAUAUCAUUGGUUAUUGGACUAUUCACGUCUUCAAAGGCAGCGGAUCCUGUUGGUUGCACGUACUUUUCAUCUGAAAGGAAAUACGAAUGCUCCGCGAGGACUUGCAGCUUCCCAUUGGACCUUACUACAUUUGACAACGUCCCCCAAGUUUUACACAUCACAGAUUUUUCGGGUGAGCUUGCAGCUUCCGCUCCAAUCGGUCCUACCUUCUCCAACUUCCUGUCCAUCGUGACGAGUGGAUUUGAUACCAGGAUCGUCCCGAGUUUGGUCGUUCGUUGUCACGCCGGAAGCUCUGUUAUCCUGACAGCGGGUGCGCUCGCUGGAAUGAAUUACAUUAAAGACUUUCGCAUCAUUGACUGUAAUAUCUACAACAUCCCGGACGAGAUGUUCGCGGACCUGGUGGAGCUUAACUACCUUGGAAUCGAGGGCGGUGCCAUUCAUAGCUUCGGCUUCAAUAGCUUCACGUUGCUGAACAUAUAUGCGAUGAGUUUUGAAAACAGCGGAGAUUCUCUCGGAACACUCUCCAUUCGUAACUGUAACGUCACAGACGGAAAAUUACCGAAUGGGGUUUUAUAUAGCUUGCCAAACGUUAAGAAUAUUGUUCUUGAAAAUACUAACAUCGCCACUUUACAGACUGAUAUGUUCCAAGUGACUACCAAAAUCACGUCACUAACAAUCAGUAACAACCCACUUACAUCAAUACCUAGUGGUCUAUUCAAUGAGGCAGCUGGCUUGCUAUCAGUGGAGGCAAACGGAAUAGCCUGGGACUGUAGCUGUUCCAGCUUGUGGUUGUUUGACUAUGCUGUAGCCAACAACAUCACUUUACGGGGUGAUUUUGUGUGUUCGUCUCCGGCUGAGCAAUCGGGGAAACGCGCUGAGGAAUAUAAAACGGAGUACUGUACGACAGUGGACAUAUGUGGCAGCGUGUCUGGUGUAGCUGUAGGUAGCUACUGUCUGUCGGCCUGGUCUAUAUCAAACAGCUGCGUGGUGCUGAUCUCCCUCACUAUUUCCUGUGUUGCCUUGUGUCUCGCGAUAUGUACCAGGAAGGAGCUCAGCCCAAUGAUCGAAAACCCUGACAAAGCAGACACAAAAACCAAAAACCCAACUGCAUCCAAGACAUUCGCAGCAGAGCAAUUCAAUCAGAAGGCAGAGCUGACAAAGAUGAAGAAGGAUGAUGGACAAGUUUUCGUUCAGAAGUGGGAAGGAUUUUAGAUACUCUCGUGUGAAGAAGAUGGAUGGACAAGUUUUCGUGCAGAAGUGGGAAAGAUUUUAGAUACUUAACUCUAAAAAAAGCAAAAAGAAAAGAUUGUAAAAUUAGUACCUGCUUGCACAUUGAUGUGAAAAUAUAUGUAUAAUUGUAAUGAUUGAAUACAAUACAUUGGUGUCCCUUUCUCGAUAACACAUGAGAAUCCCACGAAACCUUUCCUGUGAGUGGUUCAAUGAAGGUGUUCUCGUAGUUUCAACAAUACGUGUAAUGUUAUCACAUUGUAAAACGAAUGUGUACAACUAAACUCAUCCAAACCUUCAGACUACAUACACACGUUACUAUGUCUGUCACUAUACCUACGAACUUAGGAAUCACAUACAUGUGUUUAAACUUUAGUUUUUUGAUAUUGAAAGCCAAAAAUAUUAAAACUCUAC